CGUGGCACAAGAAGCUUGCGCUUUCUUGGCUCCUAGCUAGCUAAGCUUGUUGGUAAACAACAAAAUUCUAAUAUUCUUUUUGUCAAAUGAGAUGCCCGCUUCAACCUCCGAUUACACUUUCCUAUUCCACCGAUCAUUCAUCCCCCCACUGUCCCUAAUCUCAACACUGACACAGGAUCUGAUGAAAAUCCCGAUGAGAAGAACCAGGUUCCAUUGAGAAAUUAACCCACCCGGAAAUUUGGAGAUUUAUCGAAAAAGAACAUGGAGAAGCGCGAUGGCACGAGGAAGCAAGAAAAGCAGAAGAUCCAAAUAGGCGGAGGCGGCGUUGUUGGAGUGCUCUUGUUGGGCGGAGUGGCGGCAAUUGCCACCGUCGUGUCGGUUUCUGCAAUUGGAUUGAGGAAAAGGCGCGCCAACAGAUCCCGCCUCCAGCCGGAAUUCCCUGAAGAACCGCCGCCGCAAUCAAUACCCAAGUUGGAAUUGAACAACCAACUACUAGACGAUCAAGGACAGGGCCUCCUUGUUAUUCUUCAGGACUCUUCUCCACCGCCUUCAGAUUAUGAUCCAUGUACGGAUGGAAUCAAAGAUAUGUCUGUUACCCAGUUCGAUUUCACAACGUUGGACGUCACAAAAGCGUUGACAUUGGAUGACAACCCCAUGCUUGAUAUAAGUGGCCUGAACAAGAAGCCUACCUAUUUAAGCAUGAAAGGAAUCAAGCCAACAGGGCGUCUCCUGGAUGUAGAAAUCACCGAAAUCAUGGCCAAACGAAAGAUUAUGGAGACAUUUCAAGCGGAUCUGUUCGGAGGAGAUCAAGGCAACGAAACCCUGCUGUUGAUUGAAGAAAGAGGAGAAGUUGUGAAAGAAGUGGUGAUUGAGGCAGCCGAAGAAGCAGUUGAUCACAAAGCAGAAGGAAACCCAGAAAUGCAAUUGAUUGACGAAGAACAAGAGCAUGAUAAUGGAGGAAAAGGAAACGCUUCUGAAAAAGAUGAACUACAAAUGACACUGACUGUGACCGAAGAUGAAGAUAGUGAUGAUACUGAUGUCGAGGAGGAUGAGGAAGAAACUACCGAGAAGGGUGAAGGGAGCUCCGAAGGAACCGGCGAGUCGUCCAUGGAUUCCGGUGCCGAAGCAAUCUGGCCGGCGGAGUCAGUACAGGAAUUGUCACUGAAACUCAGGGAACUGACGAUCAACAACCAGAAAGUGGAAGAGAAGAUUGGAACAGAAGAGAAUGGUGUCCACAACAACAGAACCUGUACUGCUGGUAAAUCAACGAUGACAAGAAGUAAAGGGCACAAAAAGGAGAUUUUGCGACGGAUUAACCUGUGGAGAAUUUGGAUAUGGGCAUCCUGGCUGCUGCUACUGGUGCUGGCGGCAGCGGCGGCGUUUUUGUGUCUGCCAAUGUUGUGAAGUUGCGUUUUGCUGUCUUCUCCGUCGCCAUUUAUCUAAGUUGCAAGAACUAUAGAAAUGUUAGUUGAGGAAUUUAGAAUAAGGGGAGAGUAAGAAGUUGAGAUGUCUCCUGCAGGUUUAGCGAACUGGUUUGAGUACCGAAUCAUAAUUUAGUGCUCCUUCAAAGAACAUUAAA